AAACCUCCCAACAAUUCAGCCAGUUUUCAGCUCUGCAUUCUCUGGUGGUCAUAAGAACAAGCAAUCCGAUAUGGUGUAUAAAAGUGGACACAUUAAAUUUCCUUUCAAUCCCACCCGCUGUCGAAAAUUACAGCAAUGCCCAAAUAUUUUCCUACCAUCAACAAGAUCGAAACCUUCAUCAUAUCCCAGGAGGGCGAUGGAGGUGAUUAUCAUAGGCAGAAGCAAGGACACUGGAUCAUAGAUAGUCCUAUCAGCAACCCCAUGUCUGGAUAUGAACAAUAUCGACACUCGCGAACGAGCUGGGGUAUCGGCGUUUUAGGCUCCUUAGUCGUCACAAUCACUGCUUCAGAUGGUACUCAAGGAGUAGCAACUGGCUUUGGAGGUCCCCCAGCGUGCUGGCUUAUUCGAGAGCAUUUUGCUAGAUUCGUCAUAGGCUCUGACCCUCGCGAUACUAAUCGUAUCUGGGACCAAAUGUUCCGUGCAAGUAUGUUUUAUGGUCGAAAAGGUAUCACCUUGGCCGCGAUAAGCGCUGUAGAUCUCGCAAUUUGGGACCUUCUAGGGAAGCUUAGGGACGAGCCUGUUUAUAAAAUGAUUGGUGGACGCACCAAAGAUAAGAUUCCAUUUUACUGUACUGGGCCUCUUCCUACUGAAACUCGCCGAAUGGGAUUUUGGGGCGCGAAGGUUCCGCUUCCAUAUAGUCCUCUCGACGGGUUCGACAGUAUGCGUAAGAAUCUUGAUUUUUUGAAAGCUCAUCGAGAGAAAGUUGGGCCGGAUUACCCCAUCAUGGUUGACUGCUGGAUGUCACUCAACGUGCAGUACGCGAUUGAAAUUGCCAAAAGGGCCAUCGAUGAAGGAAUCAACAUCAACUGGUGGGAAGAAGUCCUUCACCCAGAUGACUUUGACGGCCAUAAGCUUCUCAAGGAAGCCCUUCCCCAUGUUAAAUGGACUACAGGCGAACACGAGUACAGCCGAUACGGAUUCCGCAAGCUUAUCGAACAUCGAUCGAUAGAUAUUAUUCAACCGGACGUGAUGUGGAUGGGUGGGUUAACGGAGCUUCUGAAGAUCAGUGCAAUGGCUAGCGCGUAUGACAUUCCUGUUAUACCUCACGGAAGCGGACCAUAUUCCUACCAUUUCGUGAUGUCCCAAGCUCAUAGUCCUUUCUGUGAAUACAUCGCCAACUCACCUGACGGGAAAUCCAUUCUUCCCGUAUUCGGCAACCUGUUCAUUAACGAACCUGUCCCUCAUGGCGGAUCUUUGGAUGUAUCAGAUGAGCCUGGGUUUGGGUUGACGUUGAAUCCUCAAGUGACACUGCUUCCUUUCGAGCAGUUCCUUGCUCCCGGUCCAGAGAGAGGGCUCGGCAAGGCUGAUGAGAAGUAAACAUAGAGCCUUUUACAUCCUCGACCUGCCCUCGACACGACUUUUUGUCUCAGUAAAUCGUAAGCUCCGAAACUCGUGAUACCAUGAUAGUGUAGAUGUCGAUACAUGAAAUAUCUCAGGAAAGCAAAUGCAAGAGGAUUUGUACAAUCAGAACGCGUACACUUCGCC